GCGUCCGUGUUACCAUGGAUACGAAAUCGGUGAAUAAUGUCGGUUGGAACAACGACUGUAAAAUUCCUUGACACUCGUUUUUUAACCAGCAACAAAAACACUGUUUUCUGUGAUUCUGACGAGCACGAUGCGAUCCUAGCUAGACAUUUCUGGCUAUCCGUUAAGCUACAGCCUUACAUUGAGUCUUGCCUUGUGUCCAAUGAUAUCAAACAGCGACUAAUCACAACCGAGUCGAAAGAAUAUAAGCUGAAACGGCGACACACUGAUUCCGAUCUGUUGGAGAAAGAGCAACAACAGAAGGCUGAUUUUAACGAAAGAAUUAAAAUAUUGGAAAAUCUAAACGAAGAGAAAUUUCUGGAAGAAUUUAAUGAACGGAAGAAGAAGCAGAGGGAGCUAUUUCUUGCGCAGAAAUGUCAUCGGUUAGAUUUACAAAAAAAAUCUGGUCAGACAUUUUGUCUGCACAAACGGAAGUCACAUGAGAAUGAAGACAAAUCAAUGGAGAAAAGGGAGAUAGAUAAUUCUCAAGACUUCCGAAAAAAUAUUAAUGAAUUUGAAAAGAAGCAGCUCUUUCACAAGAAGUUUUACUCUUUUAAGAUGUCACAGCGUUUUGUUGACCGCCAUUAUUCCUUUAACCGAAAAAUAGCUGAAGAAGAGUAUCAGAAGCUGACGACCCAUAGCAUUACCUUCUCAUAAAAGGAAGCCAUUAGCAACAAUGCACUUGACUCACCCGAACAAAGUGAGCACCAAUUUGCGAACCUAUGGUUGGUAUAUUCCAAACAGCAACAGUCAUAGAAACGGCAACUCUCCAACAGCGAAACAACAGUGGUAAGCAGAAAUGGUAGGAUUGAGAGCAAGAACAGUCGCAAGAGCAGGUCUUAUGUCCUCUUUGAAUCCUUGAAUCUGCCGGUGCCUGUUUCUUCAUCGCUAUUACUGUUAAAUCGUUGUCUCUGUCAAUACACCGACAAUAUAUUUUUAAUCAAUGAUUCUAUGGAUUAAAAACGCUAAAUAAAGAGGCUACAAUAAU